CGCACACGUAGUAUAUGAAAGUGUACGUAGAGAAAGCCUUGUAGUUCGAAUUCACAUUUAGAUUUUGAAUGUGAAUUCGAACAAGGCUCGGAAUUUCACAUUCAGAUUCAACAGAAGUGCUGAAACGUUAACACCGAAGCAUUCCAUCACCAUCGUGCUGGUCGACGAGGAAGCAAAAAGAUCUGCAUCUGUAGUAAAGACUCGUGGACGUACUAUGAUGUUCGCGACGAGCUCCGGUGCCCCGUCCAAAACUCGGCUUCGCUGGCAUCGGGGCGGAGCCGGCGUCUACGGCCGUCUGCGGCUAUCGCGACCUUGUAGAAAAACAGCGCUCCUCUUUCUCGGCCACAAGAAAUCGCUCUUCAGCGUUCUUGAACAGGUUCUCGCACUCGCUUCUGCCAGCCAGGAGAAGGGUGAUGGAAACGCGGCCACCGAAAGUAGAAAUCGCACCGAGCACACCUUGCGUCCUGCGAUGGUCCGGCGCGAACAUGAAAGCGAAGCAGUGCGCUCAACUUCCUCGUCAGCAACGUCCUCGAAAAUUGAAAUGUUUCUCGACACCGGUGAAGCUGCACUAGCGGGAAAUAGGCAAGAACACGAAGAAAACGAGCGAGCAGGAGGACCUCAUACUUUUACUUCUGGUUCCUGGUCUGGUGGAACAGCACCAAAAAGCGCUGAUCACAAUGGCGCAGGUGAAAGCAGGAGCACGCAGCAGCAUCACGGUCCAAAGGCAGAUGCGGACGGGGCACCGCUCGCGCAGGUUCACCAGAAAACGGAGACAACUCUUGCGUCACUCGUGCGGAGAGAACAUCAUGGAGACAUUCGCAUUGAAGAUGAGGGGAUCGGCGAAGCCGCGCACUCGAAUGCUACUCUCGGACACAAAGAAGUCGCAACAACGACGGCGAUUCCAAGGCCGGGCGAGGAGCUCCACCUCGGCGAUUCCGGAUCCGGUCGGUUCGACAGCGGUCCCGAAAAUGCAGAAAAACAGACGACUGCCGCAAAAAAAAAAGCCGAUGAACGCCCAAGAGGCACUGUCGGUGUCGGUGCAUCAAGGCCAAGGGGUGAAGAGUCGUGGCGCAUGCAUGAUGAACAGCAACAGAAGGAGAGCAGAACGCGCAAACGAAAAAAUAAAGAACAUCCUCGAGAUACGGAUACAGAAUUUCGCGACGACGACACAGCAACUGGAGGAGCUGCAGCUGUUUCCGCGACAAGCGAGCGGAAGAAGAAGAAGAAGAGAACAAAACCCAGAAACUUUGCCGUAGUUUUUUCUGAUCCGUCUUCCCGACGCAGCAGCAGCACAGGUUUUCUCAAAAACAGUACAUCCUCAACGUCCAGUCUAGCCCAUCUCGACGACGAAAAGGCUGUUGACAGGGAGGACGCUGGUCGCAGCGAGCGGGAAACGUCGAGCAUUGAUAGUGAUCUCGCAGGCCGCAAAUCAUCAACCUACUGCCAUCUGACUGGCGCAAUAGCUGGGUCCUGGAAACAGAUUCAGACCAUCAGUAAUAGUGGAUACGUAUACCACGCUUGCAGCAGCGACGACUGCACCAGCGCGGCGGCGGCGUUCGCUCUUGCCGAGAGCGGUAUGAACGUGAGGAACAAGCAGAAGAAGGAUCCGCCGUACGGCGGUUACGGCGGUUACAACGGGUACGACUAUUCUCCGCCGUGCACAGACUGGUUCAAAGUGAGCGGUUGGACGGGUUGGACGAAGCAUGGGAAUAACUGCGUGAAGAACUGCGCGUAUGGGAAGCAGAAGUAUAGGCGCACUCGAACCGUGGAGAACCAUGAGUGCUCCACUCGAACCUACAGCAGCGGGGGAUGGCAGGAAAAGACUGCGAACCUGAUCGAAGAAAACGAAAGGCAUUGCGACUGCAACGACAUAAAGCUGGUCUGCCAAUACGACCAAUGGGCGGAAUGGACUAGCUGUUCGUCAAGUGGCUGCGAAGACGGGGUGCGGCGGCGCAGUCGGGCCAUCAUACAACAAAGCAACGACUGUGCCACGGGGGACGAAGAGUGCCCUUCUGGAAACGCGUUAACAGAGGCAACCCAGGAAGAGGAGAGCUGCACCGGAUUGACGGGGGACGACUGCACCAGUACCAACGCUCCUGCAGGUACAGCGGUACCUCCAUCCGGAGAUGAGGACAAGAAUUCGACCGCGGGACGAGAAAACGCUACGUCGAAUGCCACUGAAGACGCCGCUGCCAGAUCGGAAGAUGAGGAGGCGGAAAAAAGCGACGGCUCCGAAGGCGGGCCGUCGACAACAAUGAUUGCGGGAGGCCUGGGAGGUGUGGCAGUCGUGGGAGCCAUUCUCUACUCGCAAGUCGGAGGGGCAGUCGCAAAGCCAUUUUGAAUCGAGUCAUUUCUGUUUGAACCUGUUUUUGACUGGCUCUGGCUGAGACUGACAGAGUAGCAAGACGCAAUUCUACUUGUACUUGAUCGGUCGACAUUUCGCGCGCUAAUCUUCAGUAAAGAGCGUAGAAAGCUUGCUCUGUUGCUCCACCUCCACCUGUUCGACC